AUGAAUAUGCCUUUAAAUAGCGACGGAACUGUUAUGUUCAACGCUACUUUAUUCGCUCUUGUUCGUACCAAUCUUAAAAUAAAGACAGAAGGAGCCCCUGUCGAUCAAUUAAAUGAAGAACUUCGGGCUGUAAUUAAAAAGAUAUGGAAGCGCACGAAUUCCAAGUUGCUAGAUCAAGUCGUUCCUCCUGCUGGUGGUAAGCCCUCCUAA